AUGUCCACCUCAAUGGCAGCCCAAGGCUCCAACGGGUCGUCAGCAAGGUCAAAACUGCCUUCAAUGAUAGUCUUUGAUCUGGACGAUUGCCUCUGGACACCAGAAAUGCAUGAGCUUCCUGGAAUGCCGGAAAUUCCUGUGCAUGGUGAUUUGGACGACAAUGGAACGCAAGGCGUGGUGGGAUUGCAAGUUAUGCGGUAUCAAGAUACUGUCAAGCUUUAUCCCGGAGCCCGAAAAGUCUUGCACGAGUUGGCUACUAAUCCCAAAUACAAGGAUAUUACUCUUGCGACGGCGUCAUCCUCCUUGGAACCAUCCUAUUCGUACGCAUGCUUGGACGGAAUUGAGAUUCUUCCAGGUGUUGUUAUGGGCGAUAUGAUGAGCCACAAUCAGAUUGGAAGAACUGGAAGGCUGUCGCCAGAUAAAGUUGAUCACUUUCGAUUAUUGCAUGAAGAGAGCGGAAUUCCGUACACUGAGAUGCUGUUCUUUGAUGACUGCAAUUGGGGAGACCAUUGCGCUCGUGUCUCGGAACGAUAUGGGGUGGUUGGUCAACAGACCCCUUAUGGCCUCCAAUGGGAAGAGUUCUUACAGGGAAUGUCCAAGUUUGAAAAGCAAGCAGCAAGCAAGUAG